ACAAUUAAAGCAAACCCCAUCCUCCAUAUCUGUACGGUCCCCUCUCUCUCUCUCUCUCUCUCUUGUGAUUUUUCCCAAAUACCCAAUAAUCCUACUGAUAACCAAAUACUACUACAACCUCCGAAUCUCUCUCACUGUUACUUCUUCUGAAUCUUCUUUGAAUCCUCUUCACCUGAGUUUGUUCAUUCUCAAAGAAUCAAGCAGUUUUGGUGUUUCUUUCACAACUGGGGUCCAAAGAUCAUAUCUUUUUCACAUGCUUCUUUGGCUAUUCCAGCUCUUGAUUUCAGAAUUUGGGGGCUCAGUCAUUUAUUUGCGAUAUUUUGUUCAAAUUUAUGCACUUGUACAUGGAACCCAUGUUUUAUUUUGGAAAACACUGAAGCCUCUGGCUUAAAUGUUAUUCAUUUACUCAUUAAGAAGGUGGCUUUGGUUUUGUUACCUGGCCUCCUUGCUUGUCUUUGGGCCCUCUUCCAUUCGGAAAAUUGGAGGGUUUUGCUUUGUUUCUCAGAUUUUGUGGCGUUUUCAGCUAAUUCAGAGAAUUGGGUUCUUGUCUCGAUAGAAAAUAGUAUUAGCAAUUAGAGUUUUGUUAACCACCUGUGAGAAAGUAUGAGGAAAAAUAUUAAUUCUCACUCAGCCAGAGGGUUUGGCGAUAGGAAGUGGAUUCUUCCAUUCUUUGCGACUGUGACUGUAUCAGUUAUGCUGUCCUUGACAGCCAUUUUUGGGCUAUAUACCUCUCCCUAUGCUGGAGAGCAAUUGCCAUUCGAUGUUAUCUCGUUAGCGAGAUCAGAGGACUCAAGUGGGUAUUUUAUUGAACCAGAUUUGAAAAGAUCACUGGAAACAUAUGAGGCAUCGAAAACUGAAGCCCCUAGAUUGGCAUAUCUGAUUUCAGGCACUAAGGGUGAUAGUCAUAGGAUGAUGAGGACAUUACAGGCAGUGUAUCAUCCUAGAAACCAAUAUAUUCUACAUUUGGAUCUUGAGGCACCGCCCCGUGAAAGGUUGGACUUGACAGCUUCGGUGAAGUCUGAUCCCACAUUUCGUGAAGUGGAGAAUGUGCGUGUUAUGUCUCAAUCCAAUUUGGUGACUUAUAAAGGUCCUACAAUGAUUGCUUGCACCCUUCAAGCAAUUGCAAUUUUGUUGAGGGAGAGCUCGGAGUGGGACUGGUUUAUAAACCUCAGUGCUUCAGAUUAUCCUCUUGUAACACAAGAUGAUUUGCUACAUGUUUUUUCCAAUUUGUCUAGAAAUUUCAACUUCAUUGAGCAUAUGCAGAUUACCGGGUGGAAAUUGAACCAAAGAGCAAAACCGAUCAUCAUAGAUCCGGGCCUUUACCUGUCGAAAAAAUCUGAUCUUGCUUUGACCACUCAACGAAGAUCACUUCCCACGUCAUUCACGUUGUUUACUGGUUCAGCAUGGGUAAUGCUAACCCGAUCGUUUGUUGAGUACUGUAUAUGGGGAUGGGAUAACCUCCCACGAACUAUCCUUAUGUAUUACACAAAUUUUGUCUCCUCCCCGGAAGGUUAUUUUCACACUGUUAUUUGCAAUACUCCAGAAUUCCGUAACACUGCAAUUAGCCAUGAUCUCCACUACAUUGCUUGGGACACUCCUCCAAAGCAGCAUCCCCUCUCUUUGUCAAUGAAGGACUUUGACAAAAUGGUUAAAAGCAAUGCCCCAUUUGCACGAAAAUUUGCUAAGGAUGAUCCUGUCUUAGACAAGAUUGAUAAAGAGCUUCUAGGCCGCACAAAUCGUUUUGCACCUGGGGCAUGGUGUAUUGGGAGCUCUGAUGGUGGGGCUGACCCAUGCUCUUUGCGUGGUAAUGAUACAGUGUUUAGGCCAGGUCCUGGUGCUGAGAGGUUCCAGGAACUGCUUCAGACUCUGUUAUCUGAAGAUUUUCGGAAAAAACAGUGUUCAUGACAAAGGUAAGAAUUGGAUACCCCCAAGUGUACAUUAACAUAUAAUAUAUACGGCUGAUGUAAAGUCGCAGAAUUUUGAUUUUAAUAUUAAUUGAACAUUCAAGCUAUAAACAAUAUUCACUUUACUGCAUA